AUGGUUCGCAGCCUGUUCUUGCUCGGCCUUGUCGGCCUUGCGAUCGCUGGGGAAAGCCAGGGAUGGGGCGAUGAUGGCGUUUGGGGAGAUGACAAGGAUGACAACUGGGGUGGUGAGGGCGGCAACGGAUGGGGUGACAACAACGGUUGGGGCUCCAGCUCCGGAUGGGGUUCGAGCAGCUGGACGUCAACAUCGCUCUCCACCACAUCUUCGCGACCAUACUCGUCGUUCUCCAACACAACCACACACUCGACCACACCGUCGACAACCACCUCGACCACUAUUACGACCUCAACCCGCCCAUCUACGACCACGAUAACCACCACCAUCACCUCGUCCAGCCCGCGCCCGUCGAGCAGCACGCCAUCAUCCAGCAGCCCGCGUCCGUCUUCCAGCACCCCCCACCCCAGUGAGCAGCAGCCCGCGCCCAUCGAGCUCGACACCAGUGAGCAGCAGCCCACGCCCAUCGAGCAGCACGCCAUCAUCCAGCAGCCCGCGUCCGUCUUCCAGCACCCCCGUGAGCAGCAGCCCGCGUCCGUCUUCCAGCACCCCCGUGAGCAGCAGCCCGCGUCCGUCUUCUAG